AUGGUGUCAACGCGUGUGAAUAAGAAAAAAGGUAACGAAGAUGACGUCUUCGUAGAGGAUGUUGAAAUUGAAAUCGAAACGAAAGGACCGCCAACUUCUCAGCCGAGCUUUGAGAGGCGUUUUUUGAUAGCAAAAGAAGGCACGAUCUCGGGCAGCCAAAUCUAUAAACUCCGACACCCAAAGUUCAAUACAGGCGUGUUGUACCGAGUUGGACCUGAAGUCUGUGACGAGGUAGUACUUUCUGGCGAGGAGAAGCGUUCUUUCUUUUAUGGCGAUUCGGUGAUUGGCGAUGGGGCGUUCCGGAUUUGUGUUCCGGUCCACCCGCUAUUUUUGGCACUACCCUACUUGCUGAAGAAGAAGGGACGCUUUGAAGAGCUGGAUGAGGUGUUGGCAGACGAAGAACUUCCAGAAAUAGCUGUAUUGAAGAAGAAUGAGCAAUUUAACAAGCGAUUGGAGAUGAUUGCCGACAAGAAAGAAAUUUGUGACGAAGUGCUGUAUCGGUACAACGAGGAGAAGGCGCUUGGAUGGCUAGCCACGCGUUUUUCUUGCUUGCAAAAGGGACUGCUUGCUGCCGCUGAUCUUCAUAAAAGCAUCAUCGAAAAUCAAGAGGUCCUCGACAGGUACACAUUCGGUUUGCUACAGGACUACCUGCCGAAUGAGAUUGUCCUGCCUCUCAAGGCGAAGCUGAACAUCACCGAUGCGCCAGUAGAGGAAAGGAUAGAUCAAAGCUUUGCGAAGCGCAAGAGUGAAGCUUUUGAUGAUGAAUACGAGACGCUCAAGCCGGCGGCGAAGAAAGUCUUGAAAGAAUCGACGGCUCAAAAGCAACUGAAGGUCGCCAGCAAGGGCACCAAGAGCAUCUCGAGUUUUUUCAAUAAGAAA